AACAGCUGAUUUUGCCGAAACACAACAUUGCGCUUUUCUUUUUUGGCUUUGAAUUGUUGUCUCUUUUUUUUGGUGUCUUUUACGUAAUUUUCGUAAGCGACGCAUCCAUCAGCUUCCGAAAGCCCCCCACUCCGUUGGAGCACCAUCGAUCCAGGAGAACUGGUCUACCCACGCGAUGUCGCGAUCGGCGCAAGAUGUGGCCGCAGUGCUGCGCGGGCUGCGUUUGGUGGCAGAGGCGUGUGGGCGGGAACACCUCAACCAGGGCCGUCACCUGUGGAGCAACUCGAGCGUGCGCGAGCUCAUAGCAUCGAACGUCAUCGAAGCGAGUGAGUCACUGAAGCGAUCUGGCCAGCAGCCCACCGAGGAGCUCAAAAAAUUACAGCAGACCCUCCAGGAGACUGGAGAACGUGGCUACGUGGUCGCCAAAGGCAUCUGUUCGCUGCUAGAGACGAAAAUCCGUACGAACCAACCGGAAUUGCAAAGCAAAUCCACACCUGCUGCUGCUUACAGAGAUCCUGGCCAGAGAUCAUCCGCUCCAGCUGCGAGGGUGGUUCGCACCGAUCUGGAUGCCGCCAACUUGGACAUAUCGUCCAUAACGCUGCAGGAGUUCGAGGAGAUACUCUCCAAGCGCAACCAGAACCGAAGCGUCAGCCUGAGAACCCCAACCACCAAGAGCAGUCAAAAGAACCAGGCGGGAAUGGACAGGCAGAAGGAGAAGGACCACCAGCCCGAUCAGAAGUCGAAGCAAGGAGCUACUGGUGAUCCUGGAAUCAUCACCAAGGACACCCAGUACGUGGACAAUGUGAUGCGCUUCGUGGCGGGCGCCCAGCCCGAGGGAAAGCCGGCCACAGAGUCCUCCACGCCGCCGAAGGACGGCGUCCAGGAGCUCAGCGCAGUGGCCAAGCAGCGAAAGGUACCCUCCUCGCGCCUGGGCAGGAUGGCCUCGUUCGGCGGCCUCUUCGCUGGCCUGGGCAUCGGGACGCUGAACGAACUGACCAAGGGCGCCCUGGGUCUGGGCGGGUCCACCAACAUGCGCGAGGCCUUCCUCAGUCCCGCCAACGCGGAGAGGAUUGUGGACACGCUGUGCAAGGUGCGAGGAGCGGCCCUGAAGAUCGGACAAAUCCUGAGCAUCCAGGACUCGAGUGUGGUGUCGCCGCAGCUGGCCAAGGCCUUCGAGCGGGUGCGCCAGGCGGCGGACUACAUGCCCGACUGGCAGGUGGAGCGCGUGAUGAACACCCAGCUGGGAGCCGACUGGCGCAGCCAGCUCCAGAAGUUCGAGGACAAGCCCUUCGCCGCCGCCUCCAUCGGGCAGGUGCACCGGGCCACCCUGCUGGACGGCAUGGACGUGGCCAUCAAGAUCCAGUACCCGGGCGUGGCCCAGAGCAUCGAGAGCGACAUCGACAACCUGGUCGGCAUGCUCAAGGUGUGGGACGUCUUCCCGCAGGGUUUCUUCAUCGACAACGUGGUGCGGGUGGCGAAGCGGGAGCUGCAGUGGGAGGUGGACUAUGCCCGCGAGGCGGAGUACACCGAGAAGUUCCGCCAGAUGAUAGCCCCCUAUCCGGAGUACUAUGUCCCGCGCGUCAUCAAGGAGCUGACCACCUCGAGUGUCCUCACCACGGAGUAUGUGCCCGGAGUGCCUUUGGAUAAGUGCUUCGACUUGAGCUACGAGCACCGCCGGCACAUCGCCGUCUCCGUCCUGAAGCUGUGCCUGCGCGAGCUCUUCGAGAUCGAGUGCAUGCAGACGGACCCUAACUGGUCCAACUUCCUGUACGACGCCCCCAGCCGGCGGCUGAUGCUGAUCGACUUUGGAUCGACGCGGUUCUAUCGCCACGAGUUCAUCCGCAACUACCGGCAGGUGAUCAUCAGCGCGGCCGAGAACAACCGGCAGGGUGUCCUCGAGAUGUCCCGCCAGAUGGGCUUCCUCACCGGCUACGAAACGAAGCAAAUGGAGCAGGCCCACGUCGACGCGGUGAUGAUUCUGGGCGAGAUCUUCCGCUACGACGGCGACUUUGACUUUGGCAAGCAGAACACCACCGAGAGACUGGCGGCUCUGGUGCCCACGAUGGUGGCCCAUCGCCUGUGUCCGCCGCCCGAGGAGAUCUACUCCAUCCACCGCAAGCUCUCCGGCAUCUUCCUCCUCUGUGCUCGCCUCAAUGUCAAGAUGAACUGUGUGCCCCUCUACAAGGAGAUAGUCCUGGGCAAGUUCAAGGACUAAAACGGGUGGUCUGUCUGGGUGUCUUUUGUACUUUGUUGGCCUUUUUUGGAAAGCGAUAGCACAAUAAUAGAAUGUUUUAAAAUAAAAAUUUAAAAACCUAAAAUACUAGUA